AUGCCGUCAUUGAUGACAAUUUCUUCAGCGGUACGAAACGAUCAGCAGCAAUUGUCAUUUAUAAAGCCGGACUUGCAACGACGACAAAAACAACAACAACAACACCAUUACGAAACAUUUAAUGACGGCAUAAAAGAAGAAGAAGACGAAGAUAUACAACAUUACGAGGACGAAGGAGGCGACAACGUGUUUCGAAUUGAUGAAGUUGAAAUCGAAAAGCAACAACAAUUUGUCGCAUCAUCAUCUGACGUCAUACGAAGAGCAGCAACAACAUCCUCUGUCCAAUUGAACAAGUUUUACAUAAGCAACAGACACCUACAAGCGCAGAAGCAGCAGCAUCACCAGCCACAGCAGCACCACCAUCAAGAGCAUCAACAUCGCCAGCAGCAGCAGCAACAGAAGGAACAACAUCGACAACAACCAUCAACGAUUCCUUCUUCGUCCAUCUUCUUCAAGUAUUGCGGAUCGUCGUCGUCGUCGUUGUUUGCCAUUACUUCGGGUUGGAUCGUUUGCUACUAUUUGUUGUUAAUUGUUCAACAGAAACAGCAACAACUACAACAACGAUCCCAAUAG